AUGGAGAGCUGCGUCAGAGGGCUGCUUUUUUUUCAGCUGAACAUGAGGUGGGUUUCACGUCAGGUCAGAGGUCAGUGAUUGCAGUCACAGCUUUUAAAAGGAAACCAUGGAAACAUUUCCUUAGAACAUACACAAUGAUCAAUGUGGUUCAUGACCUACAGCUGAUCCAGGAUGUGUGUAUUAGCUUCUAUUUUGGUUAAAGCUCUAAGUCUGCUUACUGUACAAACACAAAUCUUGUUUUAGUCACUUGACAUUGAUUUACAAUGAUUCCUUUGAGAAAACCCCAAUUGUUAACCAUCAUUUUGUCUUUAGAAUGUCAGAAAAUAGUGAAACAAUUCCCAUUACCUUUGUUCAAGUUGAGGUCUUCAUAUGUCUUGUGUUUUCCGAUCAUGAGUCCAAAACCCAAAGAUAUUGAGUAUUCCUCCAUUUGAGAAGCUACAAUAAGGACAUUUUCAGUUUGUGCUUAAAAAAAUCCAAUCGGAAUCAAACAGUUGAUAAUGAAAUCCGUCAUCUCUGUAACCACUACACUUAAAAACCUUUACCAAUGUAGGCCGGCUCUCUUUUAACCAAACCUAAACCAACAACCACGUAUUAAAAGUAUAAACACAAACACGCACAGUAAUUGAUUUGAGAACUGCUGUGAAAUUAGGGCAGAGCUUUAGCUGCCUGCAGGCGUCUUUCUCUCUUUAGUAAUUACAAUUCAGAUUGACAUUGACUGAUGCCUAGUUGAACUGAGUUGAAUGUUGAUCAUAGAACCUUAACAGGUUUAUAUGGCAUUCAGGACAUUAACAAUGAAGCAUCCAUUUGCAUUAAGAAGGACAAUAUGUUCCUUUGCUCUGAUGUUUUUUUUUAUUGUCAACAAACAAUCAAUGUUGGUUUGUCUCUUAAUUCUCUACUACAUUGUGUGGUAAUCAGCUCCAAGCCCAUUUGUAAAAUAUUUUCAAACUGACAAACACAAAGUUUAUAUCUAGAUAAACGAUCAGUUGUAUCUGAAAACAGCUGGUCACUGUUGUUUUAAGCAAAUAUUACUCAAACCGAAGGAAAUACUGCAUAAUUGGCGGAAUCAUUUGGUCAUCAAUAUAUUAUUUAGGCCAGCGGGACAGUGUAUGUGGGAUUGAGUCAAAAUAAACUAGAGUGUGUGACUUCAUGAUGAUCAGGGAAGAUGUCAGCGCUGCAGUGUGGCUCAUUGGUGUGUUUUCAGUAGUUUUUAGAAGGAAUGGAGUGCUAUGGCACAGAGGAAGAAGAUAUAUCAGGCUUUGUUACACAGACAAUACUAUUUGAGGUGUUUUUAUGGGAUUUGCUGACAUGAAGACAUUCUUUACAUUGUUUAAUUGUAUCUGUGUUGUUUGUAAGUGAAGGCUGAGUGUUUAAAUGUGAAAAAUAAACGCUAUGGCAAAAGAUAGAAAGGAAAGAAGGAAGGAAGUAAAGUGAGUGGGGGAGGGUGCCAGUGAGUCACAGAGGGUGAGAGCAUUGAUUUGGAAGGAGACAGAGAGUAGAACAGUCAGAGUGAACAACCAUCAGUCAGAGACACAGCUUUAACAGCUGAGGAUAAGUCCAACAGAAACAUGGGAUAAGAGCUCCAGCUGGUACAAAAAAACCUUUGGUACAAUCCAUCUCAACGCUGCUGGAUCCAGACUCUCUGCUACCGUCAAUCCUCUGGAUACUACCUGGAAGCUCUUCUGGUACCUAAGUCCUGCUGGAUGCUCCUACAGAACUUUUGCUAGAAAUUAGACUUUACUAGUUUUUUCUGGACUCUGUCUUGUCAGGUACUUUUUGGGAUAGCUCAUACUGGAAACUCUGCUGACACAGACACUUUCUAGACUCUAAUUUCCUUGUGAAUUGUUUACCUCUAUCUCUUGUACCAACAAACUAACUUUGGUCAUUUGGUUACAAAUCCUUUGAAUGGUCUAAUAGUUCUUUGCUGGCUCUAUGCAGUUUUCAGAUACGUUGCUCCCACAUAAUCAUCUUCAGACACCGGAUACUCUCCUGUCUACAAACUUGGACUGGAAUUAUGGAAUUAUGUUUAAACUCGGACUCCUAACCAGCCUGAACAUCCACCUCUGGAUGUUCUGCCAGCACUGAUCUCUUGCUGCACACUGUUUGAAUAUAUCUGGACUCUCUCUCUCUCUUGGUACUGGGAAAUCAGAUCCUGUACUGGUCUUUGUGGUGAGCAGUAUGGUGUUGGGGCAGAGACCCCUCUGCCUGCUGGUACACCGGUUUAAAUCUGGAUACUCUGUGGAGUUUGGCAAGGGGAAAGAGGACAUGGGGAAACAGGUGGAGGAGCCUAGCACAAAGCGCAGCAAACUCGUAUCCAGGGUGACGUCGCUGCUGCAACCUGUCAAGACUGCACCGCUGAAGAGGAUUGGUCAGACACUGCAGCGCUCCAUCAGUUUUCGUAAUGACGGUCAGACAGAGAGAGCAGCUCCUCCACCUCCCCCCUCCUCUUCCUCCAUGAUAAAGACACGCGUUCUCUCAGCGACACUCUCAAACCCGGGCUCCUCCAGCACAAUGACCCGGGUUUCGUCAGCAAUGGUGCCAGCAGCCAAGCGCCGUGACAGCAAACUCUGGAGCGAGACGUUCGACGUGCGGCUGGGAGCAAUGCAGACUCUGAGCCCGAAAGAGAUAAAACGACAAGAGGCUAUAUUCGAGUUGGCUCAGGGUGAGCAAGACUUGGUGGAGGAUCUGAAGUUGGCUAAGAAGGCUUACCAUGACCCCAUGCUGAAGCUGUCAAUCAUGUCUGAGCAGGAACUGAACCAGAUCUUUGGCACCCUGGAUUCUCUGAUACCCCUGCAUGAAGACCUGAUGAGUCGUCUCAGAAACGCCAGAAAACCUGACGGGUCAACAGAACAUGUGGGUGACAUCCUGACAAACUGGCUGCCGUGUCUCUCCUCCUACACGUCGUACUGCAGUAACCAGGUGAAGGCCAAGACUUUGUUGGACCAGAAGAAGCAGGAUCGGCGGGUCCAAGACUUCUUGCAGCGCUGUCUCCAGUCGCCUUUUAGCAGGAAGUUGGACCUGUGGAACUUCCUGGACAUCCCCCGCAGCCGACUAGUGAAAUACCCGCUGCUGCUCAGGGAGAUCCUGAAGCACACAGCCAACGACCACCCGGACCGGCAGCACCUGGACGAGGCGAUGCUGAUGGUUCAGAGCGUGGUAGGGGACAUCAACAGGCGGACGGGGGAGUCGGAGUGUCAGUACUACAAGGACCGCCUGUUGUACACAGAGGAGGGACAGAGGGACGAGCUCAUCGACCGCUCCAGAACUCUCAGCUGCCACGGAGAGCUGAAGAACAACAGAGGACUCAAGCUCCACGUGUUUCUGUUCCAGGACGUCCUCGUCAUCACCAGGACCGUCUCGCUGAACGAUUAUCCGGUCAGCUACCAGCUGUGCCGCCAGCCUAUACCCAUCCGGCAGCUGGACCUGGAGGACCUAUCAGACGGAGAGAUGAGAGUGGGCGGGUCCAUCAGAGGAGCCUUCAGCAACAACGAGCGAACAAAGAACUUCUUUCGGGUUUCCUUCCGUGCCGGAGGUCAGCUGCAGAGCCACUGCUUCCAGGCCAGCGACACUUUCAACAAGCAGCAGUGGAUCAACUGCAUCAGACAAGCCAAAGAAGCUGCAGCGCUGACACAAGACCAGCCCCCACCUACAGGACAGUGUAUGGAGACACGGUCGGGGGGACAGACCAGGCUGCUGGGUGAGACCGGUCUGAGUCUAGGGCAAGAAGAAGUCAAUGGAAUGUGGGGGGAGGGGGAAACAGGGCUAAGUUCAGAAGGAGAUGUAUGUCUUACUGGAGAUCCGGAGAAAGACAAGGAUGUGGGUUUGAGUCAUGAGACAUUGAUGGGGAUGGGUGGGGGCAUUGAGACAGGUUUGGGUUUGAAUGACGGGACAGUUUUGGAAUUAGAUGGAAAAACAGGGAAGGCUGUUGAGACAAGGCUGAAAGAGACGGGUGAGAUGGAGACAGGACAGGGUGUCGAUGAAGAGAUGGGAACCGGAGCAGACUGGAGGAUGGAUGGACGAGGAGAGAGGCUGAGCGGAGGUCCUAAUAAUGUCCCCACUUUCCUUCUCUCCCCUGCUUCUCCCUGUCGAGAGGAGAAGGAGCGGGAGUUGAUGGAGGAGGAGUGUAGCGACUCUGAGGAGGGGGAAGAGGUCGACAUGGACACCGACCUGCAGGACGAGGAGCUGGACCUUAGGUGCUGAUGUUAGAAUCAAACAGGAGGAUGAUGCACUGAGGCACCAGCGGCCAAUCAAAUCCAGGAUGAUGUCACUAAAAGGCAGACGGAACAUCAGACACACUAACUGGCUAUAUAGUAUGCUAAAAUAGCACUUAGUAUGAAACCAAGAGUAUGUAAAAAGCUUACUAUUUCUGGAAAACUGUGUACACACUGGCAUGAAUAUCCCAUAAUACAAUGUGGGAGUGAUGCCAAAAUUCAUAACAAUCACCGAGAUAGAUCUGGAACAAGAUAUACAAGUUUUGCCUGAAGGACUUCUACAGACGUGAAGGAAAAAUUCAAGAGGUUCGU